GCCAUUUUUUGCAUAUGGUGGAACAGAUAUUCGUGUGUUUGUUGAUGUUUUAUUUUGGAAGAAACACUAGGACGUUAAUACAAGGAACCUCUCAAAAGAGAAAAUGAGAAAGCGGAAGUGAAGAGGGGAUUUCUCUCUUGCCUCUGGACUCAAUCUCCGUAACCAGGGUAACGCUAGCUUCGUGAAAAGAGGCUUCAGCAUUAAAAUGCUAGCUUGGCUAAUAAAACCAUCAAAUUUAGAAAGCUAGCUAUGUUAAAGGUGCCACGCAGCUACUAUUCUGUCAGUUCCCUCUGAAGGGUGUUAACGCCAAUUAUGAUAAUGAUUUAUUGUUUUUCCCUUUAGCCUGAGCAAACACGUCCAUUGAUGUUAGCAUGUUUACGGACGAAGCCCUGGACUCAGUGAGUAUCCAGUCUCAGUGGAGGAAAUCUCAGCAGUCGGCGCAGGAGUCGAGAGGCUGUCAGACCAAAGCGGUGCACAGAGCUGAGGCAGAGAUCCAGACAGUGUCGACUACCAUCAGCAGUACGCAAACGGAGCCGAGGCACCAGGCUACGGAGCAGCUCCUCCAGCAGAACCACAACGAGCCUGAGCCCCCUGGCCUGAAGGACUUCCUGCAGCGGGUUGAGGACAGGGUCAUCAGAGAGCUGGUGAGAAAUGCCAAGAGUCACGCCUUCGAUGGGUUCCAGGUGAACUGGGAAGAUCACAGUAAUCUGGUUUCAUGCCUCCAUCGCCUUCAACAUCCCAGUGCUGUAGAGGGAGGCCUUCAUGUAACUAGUGUGUCCUGGAGCUGUAAAGGUGCAGUCAUCGCCUGUGCCUACGGACGGAUCGACGAUGGAGACUGGAGCACUGAGAGGUCAUAUGUCUGCACGUGGAACCUGGACCGUCGAGGCCUGAACCCCAAACAAGCUGAUCUGGCCUUCGAUGUUCCCACUGCAGUCACCGCGCUGAGCUGCCACCCCAGCCAGCCCGCCCUCAUCGCAGGGGGUCUAUACAGUGGAGAGGUGGUGGUGUGGGACACCAGUCGGACUCAGGACCCCAUACUGGUUCAAAGUGGGCUGUCAGCAGACAGCCACAGAGAGCCUGUUUAUCAGGUCGCCUGGGUGCCCCUGCAGAAGAAAGGAGAAUUUGGGGUGCUCAGUGCCAGUUCAGGAGGAAGGGUGCUGCUGUGGACCUUGGACUCAGACCAGGGCAGGUUGGUCCUGACUGAUGCCUAUGCUUUGGUACGACAGCAGGUUCCCCACAGCAGCUGCACUAGCUUCAAGGCCCGAGGCAGCAGCACCGUGGGCGUCACCUCCCUGGCCUUAUCUCCCUGGGACUCUGAUACCUUCCUGGUGGGCUCCGAGGGGGGCCUGCUGCUCAGAUGUUCCUUCUCAACCCAGACACCGGCUGCAGCACCCACCGAAGGCCACAGUGUGACACUGAGAGCCCCAGCCGUCUUCUCAUUUAGGCCUCGCAGCGGCCCCGUCCACUCCGUCCACUGCUCACCUUUUCACAGGAACCUGUUUGUGAGUGCAGGGACAGAUGGUCUGGCCCACGUCCACUCUCUCCUGCAGGCCAACCCGCUGCUCUCUCUCAGGGUUUCAGACUCCUACGUGUUCCAGGUGCAGUGGUCACCAACCAGACCACUGGUGUUUGCUGCAGCCACUGGACAAGGUGAUGUGCAGAUAUUUGACCUGGGCCGCAGGUCUCUGAGACCAGCAGCUACCAUCGAGCCAGGAGGUGUGGGCCAGGCUGCAACUUGUUUGGCCUUCAACUGUCAGAACCCUAACCUCUUAGCAGUGGGGAAGACAGAUGGGACAGUUGGUGUUUGGCAGCUCAGUGGAGAGUUGAUGGAACAGAAGCCCAGAGAGAGCAGCCAGCUGGAGCAGAUAGCUAAUCAGGUGGUGGGAUGAGACACAACUCUGGGACAGUUCAAGUCUGCUUCAUAUCUCUUUUUGUUCCUAAAUGCUCACAUGUCAAAGACAGUCAUUAAAUUGUGGAAAUGGAAUUAAAACAACAGAAUAUUGGU